AGGGGAGCAGAGUUACCAUAGAGUGGUGAGUGAGGUUCUGUUCUUUUCUCCUCAGCCACUGUUCUCACAUAUGAUGAAUAAGAACAGUAUACUCCACACAAAUUCGAAAAUAAGAAACACCUUUUUCUUUGGAAUUGGCAUUGGAAUCUCGGGCAACAGCUUUCUUCUCCUCUUCCACGUCCUCAAGUUAAUUCGAGGGCACAGGUCCAGACUCACUGACCUGCCCAUUGGUCUCUUGUCCCUAAUCCACCUACUGAUGCUACUUGUUGUAGGAUUCAUAGCCACAGACAUUUUUAUUUCUUGGAGAGGAUGGGAUGACAUCAUAUGUAAAUUUCUUGUCUACCUGUAUAGAGUUUUUAGAGGUCUCUCCCUUUGUAUCACCAGCCUGUUGAGUGUCCUCCAGGCCAUCAUCCUCAGUCCCAGAAGCUCCUGCUUAGCAAAGUUCAAGAACAAAUCUCCCUGUCAGAUCUCAUGUGCCAUUAUCUUCCUGGGUGUCCUCUAUAUGUUAAUUAGCAGUCACCUCUUGUUAUCCAUCAUUGCCAGCCCAAAUUUGACCACAAAUAACUUUAUUUAUGUUACUCAAUCCUGCUCUAUUCUACCCUUGAGUUACCUCAUGCAGAGCAUGUUUUCUACACUGCUGGCCAUCAGGGAAAUUUUUCUUAUUAGUCUCAUGGUCCUCUCGACUUGGUACAUGGUGACUCUCUUGUACAGGCACAGGAAACAGGCCCAGCAUCUUCAAGAUACCAGCCUUUCCCCAAAAACAUCCCCAGAGCAAAGGGCCACCCAGACCAUCCUAAUGCUCAUGUGUUUCUUUGUGCUGAUGUGCAUAUUCGACAGCAUUGUCUCCUGCUCAAGAACUAUGUUCCUGAAUGAUCCAACAUCUUACUCUAUCCAAAUCUUUGUGAUGCACAUCUAUUCCAUAGUCAGCCCUUUUGUCUUUAUGAGCACUGAAAGACAAAUAGUGAAUUUUUUGAAGUCCAAAUAUUAG